AACCCAAGAAAGAAUCUUCCCCAAAAUCCAUUGUGGCCGUCCCAAUAUAUACAGUUGGAUUUUUGUUUUUUGCAUCUCUCUGAUUCCCUUUUUAUCUCUUCCCCUUUUUCUCCCUUCUUAUAUAGGGUAUAUACCCCAUAUUAUGCCUACAGCCUAUAUAGCAUAAGCCACCAUAAGCUAAAUUUGGUGAAUUUGAUGAUUUGGGUCGGUUAAAAAUCCAAUCUUUAUAAUACCCUUUUGAAAUCUCAGCUCAGAUUUGUAAGUCUGUAGGCUUUUCUUGCUGGUGUAUAGGACAUACUUAUAGGGGUUAAGUGAGGAACUUGUUCUGGAAUUGAAUUCCAAACAGGGAGUGGUUUUGGUCUCUUGGGUGCUUGCUGUUAAUUGAGAGUUCAACUUGAGCUAGACUUCAGUUUGUAAAGAUAAAUGCCAUCGAGGUGUUGCUGUUUUUCAGUGGAAACUUCAUUGAUUAAGGAAUUCCUUACUGUGAUUGAAGAGUUCCCUUAGGCUGCUUAUUUGUGGUUAGAUAUGAUGGAUACGCAGAAUCUGGAACAUGGACAAGUAAUUGAGGUGAGUGUUGACAUAACAGUUCAAGAGAAGGGGACUAAAAUCUGUGGUUCAGCACCGUGUGGAUUCUCAGAUGUUAACACCAUGUCUAAGGAUGCACAGGAGAGAUCAGCAUCUAUGAGGAAACUGUUCAUUGCAGUUGUCCUAUGCAUCAUUUUUAUGGCUGUCGAGGUUGUCGGAGGUAUUAAAGCCAACAGUCUUGCAAUUUUGACGGAUGCGGCUCAUCUAUUGUCAGAUGUUGCAGCUUUUGCAAUAUCCUUGUUUUCACUCUGGGCAUCAGGAUGGGAGGCUAAUCCACGCCAGUCCUAUGGGUUUUUUAGAAUUGAGAUACUUGGGGCACUAGUUUCUAUCCAAAUGAUAUGGCUUCUAGCUGGGAUCCUUGUUUAUGAAGCCAUUGCUCGACUUAUACAUGAUACAGGUGAAGUUCAAGGUUUCCUCAUGUUUGUGGUGUCUGCAUUUGGAUUAGGAGUGAACCUCAUCAUGGCACUCUUGCUAGGUCAUGAUCACGGCCACGGCCAUGGACACAGCCACGGUCAUGACCACGGCCACGAACACAGUCAUAGUCAUGAAGAGCAUGCUCAUAGCCACGGUGAUCAUGAACAUGCCCACGGCGAGCAUAAACAUAUACAUGGAAUUAGUGUUAGCCGACACCAUCACCAUAAUGAGGGACCUUCAAACCGAGAUCAACACAUCCAUGCACACGACGCUGAUAACACUGUGCCUCUACUUAAGGAUUCCUGUGAGGGUGAAGGUGAAAAGAAAAAGAAGCAGCGGAAUAUAAAUGUCCAGGGGGCUUAUCUUCAUGUAUUAGGAGAUUCAAUUCAGAGCAUAGGCGUCAUGAUUGGAGGAGCUAUCAUAUGGUAUAAACCAGAAUGGAAAAUCAUUGAUCUCAUCUGCACUCUCAUUUUCUCUGUCAUUGUUCUUGCCACAACCAUUAGGAUGAUUCGGAGUAUUCUUGAAGUAUUAAUGGAGAGCACACCUAGAGAAAUUGACGCAACAAGGCUUGAGAAGGGACUUUGUGAGAUGGAAGAGGUUGUUGCAAUCCAUGAAUUGCAUAUUUGGGCGAUUACAGUCGGGAAAGUACUCUUGGCUUGCCAUGUCAAGAUUGAACCUGAUGCUGAUGCUGACAUGGUGCUGGAUCAGGUUAUCGAUUAUAUUAGAAGGGAAUAUAACAUUAGCCACGUAACCAUUCAAAUAGAAAGAGAGUAGUGUGAAGGUAAAGUUUGUUUGCCUGUUGUACUGGUCCUUGGCUUCUAUAUUCUUUCGGAUAUUAGUUCAAACAGGAAAACAUCAUCUGGCUAAGCGAUUCCAGCAUCUGUUUCGUUUUAGUAAAUCAUGGUCUUUUAGCAUGUUGGCUUGCUUUACUUCUCCAUGAAUCAAUAUCCUCAAGUUCAGUUGAACUUCACUCCUCAGUUUCUAAAAUAUUUUUUAUGUUCUGUUUGGCUCUUAUUUACAGCAUAACACCAUGGUUUGAAAUGGAACUCAGUGUUAAUGUUU